AUGGCGCUUUCAAGGCGACCGUCGUCUAAAGACCUACUGGCUCAGGCCAACAAGGCUCGAGAAAUAAUUAAAGCGCAAGAAGAGGAAGAGCGACGACUCCGCCAAGCAGCCGAAGAGGCAAAAGUACAAGAAGAGGAGGACGAGCGUCGCCACAAAGAGUUACGCAACAGAAUUGCUGAUCUCCGCAAAGAGAGGGUGGCGAAGGAGUCAGCGAUUGCGAAGUACCUAGCCGAAAUGGACUCCCUCGACGCAGAUAUUGAAAAAGCACAGGCUGAACUUGAGAAAUACGCUACACCACACCUCGAGUCUGUAGAUGAAGCACUCGCGUAUAGUCACCAACCGAUUGAUGACAUCGGGGCGGCCCACCAUUCAACGGCCGCUACCUCUGCUCAUGAAGACACCCAGGGUGACGGUCCCAAAGAACCCACACAAAACGAAACCUCAGACGCAGCUUUUGGACAGCAAAAUCUCCAGCAGCCAGGCACGGCGGAAUUGGGCGACGAGGACAAAACCGAUGGCGUUGGCCGGAGUCCCGAGGAGACCCAGCCAAGUGUCAGUUCAGUCACGCAAGAAUCGGAUGCUCUCGCCAACCAAGACCAUGGUUCUACUGCGGAGGAGAGCGAUGACAGUGACGACGAUGAUGAUCCUGUCCGUGGAGGUCCACGACGUGGACGAGCGCGUGCAUCUAGUACACCUAGCAACUGUCUGCUUGUCGAGGACGAAACUUCUAUUCAUCGUUUCUUUCCUAUGGUCUUGAGCCUCGAUGACCAAUGGCACGAAGUGAAAUGCUACAUUUGCGGAGCGAAUCGGCCCAGAGACGACCCUAAAUUCUUCACUGCUGUUUCGGAGUUGCUCAAGCAUAUAUCCUUUACUCAUUUUCGGGGAUGUGAGAAGCGACCGCUCGAGAGAAAAGAGACAUUGUUGAGAGGCAGUCAGCGCAUAUUUGGCCCAGAUGAUGUUAAGACAUUGCAAUCAGGCCAAAAUCUAGAAACGAAUCCAAUUGAACCGACGCGAGGCACUGCGAUCGAUGGCUGCACUGAUGGAAUGAAGAGGAGUCGUUCUCGUGCGAAUAUCGAAGAGGAAAAGGUGGAGGAGGAUGAUUCCCAUACUGGGGCCAACACUGCAUCCGGACCUACUCUUUCGAGCUCUUCGCGACACAAUCAACCACGGGACCGAAGAAAGUCAAGCGGAGAUGCGAGCGAGCCUGUCAAGGUCAAGGGGCAUGCAGGUUCAUCAGUCGCCAGAGCAGCAAGCAGCGUUCGAAAGCCAUCACGCCUAUUGCCACCAAAUUUCGCUUUCGGAGCAGAUCUCAUGACCGGUGAUAUAGCUCCACAGCCUUCCCCAGGCCUUGCCGAGGCUCCUCAGAUCCAGCAUCCCAGCAUCAUCGAACUUGUGGAGAGUAUUCCGCCUGGGCAUUCACAGUCGUCUCCACGAGAGGAUGCUAUUGCCUCAUCCCCCACGACUACCUGCCGAAAGCCAACUCAACACCAUCUGGAGGCUUCUCGCCAGUCUCUCGAAGUUGAAGAGAGGCGCGAAGAAUUACCCGAAACGAUCCAAGAUCAUUCCCAAAACGCAUCUGGGCUCACCCAAAAGACACAUCCGCCUCCUGUAAGCGCAUCACCGGGAAAUGUGUCCCGCACAGAAUCAGUUGCAAAUUCUGGGAGCAGUCAGUUGCCGCUCAAGCUAGAUGCUGUAGCCGCUACCAGCGUACGGUCAAAGAGCGUUGAGGCAUCGUCCAGCCGCACCUCAGUAACUCCUGGCAUCUUCUCGGGGCGUAGCAGGCCACCUUCCCAAGAAUUGCAAGAUGCACACGCGCAAGGUUCCGCAAGCAAGACGCUUACUGACAAUCCAAUAUUUCAAACACGUAAGGAACCUGUCGAGUUGUUUCCAGGCAGGCUGAAAAGCAGCGACCGUUCAAAAGCAGAAGCCUCGUUUGGCAUAUCUGCAAAGAAGCGGCCGCAUGGUGACGUUAGAGGCGAUCCUCCGGCUGCACUAAAUCUCUCGAUACUACACUCCAGAUACCCGAAUACUGCGCAUCUUGAGGGCAAUUGGUAUCUGAUUCGUUGCAAAGUAUGUCAUGCAAACGCUUCGCGGACCGAGUCGGGCGAGCUCAUGUUCUUCCGGGGCAUCGAAGGCUUACAGCAGCAUGUUCGGGAGGCCCAUCGUCUGGAAGGUGAUUAUUCGGCUCCAGAGAUGUGGUGCGAGGCUAGCCUCAUUCCACGCCAAGAUGUGCAUCGCUUGAAUUUCAACAUCGACCUUCCCAUCUUGAACGCCCGCUCAGCCGGCAAGUCAACGCAUAACCCGGCUUCUGCAGCGCCUCAGCUUGGUUCAUCUCCUCGAAAAGCGCAGAACGACCUCAGUCGUGAUCCUCGCAUGCAUGGUCGACCGUCAGGAAGCAUCUUGAGCAUUGCUACAACUGUGCCACCCGUACGUUCUGCUCGAAGUGCUCAACCUCGCGAGGAGAAUUCAACUUCAGGAUCGCCAAAAGAUCAUAGGCUGCAGGCCCAGGACGAGGUAUGUGCUGCAACUCUUCCUACCGAGGGCGCGCUCCCAGCUCCCUUUGGUACACAGAUGUCCACAAUGCCCUUUAACCCACAGCAGCGCGCGAGGUCCACUCCACCACGCGGAGAGCACACUGGGCGCGGCACUUCGAAAGAAGGAAUGAGAAAAUGGCAGCUUCUUCGAGCGCUCCAGCUGAGAAGACACAUGAAAAUCAUGACAGCUCGCAUUGACACCACCGCUACGACUUCUCGCUCCUCAGAGAGGACUUCGAUGAGCUCUGGUCGGGGUGAAUCACUGGAGCUGAUAGCAGAUUGGAAUUCGAAAUUACAGAGAUCCUCCAUUAAGUUCUUGAUGCACCGCGCCAGCUUCGCGUCUUGA